AUUGUCGCGGCUGCUGGAACCGGGGCGCGGGGAGGACGAGCCGAGGGAAGGAAGAAAAAGAAAAAUACCCAUUUUGAAGAGACUUCUAAAUAGCCACAGGACUUUAGAAUGAUGUCGAUUGAUCUUGCAUGGCCAGUCAUUCAGUGAAUCCCAAGGCCAGAUCGCAGCCUUCCAAAUGGAAUGGACUGAUUCCUCCUCUCCACUCCUGAAUCUUAGAGCAUCCCACAAUCAUCGCUUUGGAGCUGAAAAGGAACUCAAAGACGAAGGAAUGGCAACCAAGGAAAAACUUCAGUGUUUGAAAGAUUUUCACAAAGACAUCUUGAAGCCUUCCCCUGGCAAGAGUCCAGGAACCCGGCCUGAAGAUGAGGCUGAAGGGAAGCAACCACAGAGGGAGAAGUGGUCAAGCAAGGUUGAUUUUCUGCUGUCCGUGGCAGGUGGUUUUAUCGGCUUAGGUAACGUCUGGCGUUUCCCGUAUCUCUGCUAUAAAAAUGGCGGAGGUGCGUUUCUUGUACCUUACUUCAUUUUCUUGUUUGGCGGCGGCUUGCCUGUGUUUUUCCUGGAGGUUGUUAUAGGCCAGUAUACCUCUGAAGGUGGGAUUACUUGCUGGGAAAAGAUCUGUCCUCUUUUUAGUGGCAUCGGUUAUGCCUCCAUUGUGAUUGUGUCCCUCCUGAACGUGUAUUACAUCGUCAUCCUGGCAUGGGCGCUCUACUACCUGUUUGACUCAUUUCAGAAAGAGCUCCCCUGGUCCCUCUGCCAUCAGAAGUGGAACACCCCGAAUUGCUUGGAAGACUACCUGAGACAGAACAGGACGUUAAUGGCCUUCAAUUCCACAAACUACACCUCACCUGUCAUCGAAUAUUGGGAGCGAAAAGUGUUGAGCUUGUCCAAGGGAAUUGGUGACGCUGGCUCUCUGAAGUGGGACCUGGCCCUCUGCCUCCUCUUGGUCUGGAUAAUUUGUUUCUUCUGCAUUUGGAAAGGAAUCAAGUCAACUGGGAAAGUUGUAUACUUCACAGCCACAUUCCCCUUCCUCAUGCUUUUCGUGCUGUUAUUACGAGGAGUCACCCUGCCUGGAGCUGCCUCUGGCAUCAAGUUUUAUCUGUAUCCUGAUGCCUCUCGUUUGAUAGAUCCUCAGGUCUGGAUUGAUGCUGGGACCCAAAUCUUCUUUUCCUAUGCUAUCUGCUUGGGGGCAAUGGUCUCACUGGGAAGCUAUAACAGCUACAAAUACAACUGCUACAGGGACUGUAUGCUGCUGGGAUGCCUGAACAGUGGUACCAGUUUUGUGUCUGGCUUCGCAAUUUUUUCCGUCCUGGGCUUCAUGGCACACGAACAAGGGGUGGACAUUGCAGAUGUGGCCGAGUCAGGUCCAGGCUUGGCCUUCAUUGCUUACCCAAAAGCUGUGUCAUUGAUGCCACUACCCACGUUUUGGGCCAUUCUUUUUUUUAUUAUGCUUCUGUUGCUUGGACUGGAUAGCCAGUUUGUUGAAGUUGAAGGACUGAUCACAUCAUUGGUUGAUCUGUACCCAUCCUUCCUAAGGAAGGGUUACCGACGGGAAAUCUUCAUUGCUAUAGUGUGUAUCCUUAGCUACUUUCUGGGCCUUACUAUGGUGACCGAAGGUGGCAUGUAUGUGUUUCAACUCUUUGACUACUAUGCAGCUAGCGGUGUAUGCCUCUUGUGGGUUGCAUUCUUUGAAUGUAUUGCUAUUUCCUGGGUAUUUGGAGCUGAUCGUCUUUAUGAUCGCAUUGAGGAGAUGAUUGGAUAUAGACCCAGCCCCUGGAUGAAAUGGAGCUGGUGUGCCAUCACACCAAUUCUUUGCGUUGGAUGCUUCAUCUUCUCUCUGGUUGAACAUACACCACUGACCUACAACAAGGGGUAUGUCUACCCCAAAUGGGCCAUUGGCCUAGGCUGGUGCUUGGCCCUCUCUUCCAUGUUAUGCAUCCCCUUAAUGGUGAUUAUUCGGAUUGCCCAGUCAAGUGGAUCACUCAUUGAGAGGAUAAAGGCAGCAACAGUCCCUAAGCACGUGCGUCGGUGGAACCAUGAGCCUGAGGGGUCCACACCAUUCUGUUCCAGGGACAACUCAAAUGGCAACCUCAUGAAACCCACCCAUAUCAUUGUGGAGACCAUGAUGUGAGCUCUCUCUGUGAGAGGAGAAACCUGCUUUAACUGCCGUUUACUAACCUUAGAUUCUCAUAGUACCAGGUUUACAGAGCUUUAUAUUUGCACUAGGAUUGGAUUUUUGUGUUUUGUUUUUUCCUUAUUUGUUUUUUCAUUCUCACAGAGAAAGUUAUUUUUCAUGUGUGUGCAUGUGUGUGUUGUAUUUUUUUUAAAGACUAUUUUAUAAGGUAACCACAUGCAGACGUCUCCAAGGAGACUGAGCUUUCAUAUCAAAUUAGAUGUAUUACAGGAAUUUAUUAAUUUUUUAUACCUAGCUAUGAUUAUACACCUUUACCACUUGAAUCGAUCUUCUUGCCAGCAAUAUAUUCAGUUUCUAAAGCAAUCUCCAGGUGCUGGUGUGGAUGGGUCAUGCUCAAGAGCUCUAGGGUAAACUUUAUCCCAAAGAGCAAAAAGAAACGCUGUUAUGAACAUUUCAAAGGUGUAGUACCUUCUGAGUGUGGUUCAGGGCAGAACAAAAAGGACAGGUGGAGAGGACCUGGGCAGCCCGCCAUGUUGACCAUUGUUGGCCAAGGCCACAUUGGCCAGGGCCAUGUCAGAAGGAGUCAAGGAGGCAUUGGAAGUGAAGCCAAUAAAAGGUUGGGUGUUGGAGCUUCAUUAUCCUUGUAUUUGUAGCUGAGGAGAGAGUUGCACACACACAUACAUGAAAUAAGACUGAGAGUGAAAUAGGAGACCUCCAAACUCCACAAAACGAUAAAAGACUUUCUAAGAGUAGUAAGAGCCCCUGUUUCAGGUAAUUCUUUUUGAAUAAAAUCAAAAAAGAAUCCUAAUCUAGACAUUUGGAAAUUUCCGUUAAUAAAAAAUGUACCUUAUAGUCUCAAAUAAUUGAAUUGAAUGCAGUGAUCAUGCUUUAAAAUUAGAAACCAUUAAAGAUAUUGUAGCCUCUAAUAUUUACUCAUCAGUAGCAAAGAUUUUCCCCUCAUUUGAGUUUUAUUUAGCAAGCCAUUUUGCUAGAUUGGCUCCUCCUUGCAUCCCAAUAGAAUUAGACUCCCCAGCCUGGCUGGGCUAGGGAUGAAGGAUGACGAAUUACAGGGGACCAGGACUCUUGGUGGGGUUUUGGUGGCAACUGUCAGGCUGACUCACUUAUAAUUUUUGGGCCAUUCUAGAAUUGCUCGUCCAUAUUCAGCCUUGACCUUCAAACAAUUGGCUUUUUUCUAGUGUGUUCAGGUUUCAGGAAGCCCUAAGGAAGAAGAAGGGGUGACCUUUGCUGCAUCUCUGGGAACCACCUUGCUUCCUGAAGGGUUUUGUCUCAGCUACAGGGUCCAUAUCUGCUUCCAUACCAUCAUGUUUUUGUUGUUGUUGGUUUUUUAAAAAAUUGUUUUUGCAUUUUUUUAAUGGAAACAUACCUGGUUCUUGACAUUCCUAAAAACUCAUCAAUCUCUAACCCACCAUUACAGUGUGGCUUUCCUAAACCAAACCGUGCAUAUAAUGAGUCACAUGGAUACAGGGAUGAAGGAGAAAAGUGCAAGUGGACCAAAGGAAGUAGGACAUGUGCAUUUGGGACCCGCCUUGGGUUGGGGAGUUUUGAGAAGGACUUUGGGGAUAUGGCAGUCGCUAAAAACCAGUGGACUGUUAUUCUUUCUAGCAUUUCCCAGUCUUAUCUCAUCAUUAUCCUCUUUCCACCUCCAAGUAUUUGUUUAAAAGAUAUGGAAAUAGAAGCCUCCCAGCAGAGUCUGUAACUAAGUUUUCUUGGAGUUAGGAGGAGGGGAAGGCAGCUGCCCUAUGGCCCAGCAAUUAGUGAGACACUUCAGUGGCGUCAUUUCCUGGCUAUUUGGAUUAUCCAAUGGACACCCACCCAAAUCUAAAGCCAUAGCCAAACAGGGAGAUAGAUAGCAGUGUGUUGCAACUCAGUUUUCUAAGCAACCAGUGCUAAAGGAACAUGUUCUAAGAAGCAGCCUCCUGGUUUGCCCGUGCCCCUGGCCCUACCCAGUCUCAGAGAAAAGGGGGAUUUCCAUGUCAUAGGGGUGACCACGGUCCAUUUCACAGCUACAGGAUAGGACUCGGGAACAGGCAUCCAGCCUAAAUUCUCAUCCGAAAAUGAAAGUCCUUGGCAGCCUUAGGUAGAUGCUACAGUAGCAAAACGCUAAUUUUUAUGAUGCUAGAUGUGUUGUUUAGACAUACACUACAUAGCAAGAGACAGUAGAUGGAAGGAAGUGGGAGAGGGGGAAAGGGAAGAACUGAGGGAUGAGAGAAUGAAAAAAAAAGUUGAUGGAUUAAGAUUUUCAGUGGGGCCAAUACCCCCAAGACAAUAUUUCCUCAGCCCCCUACAAGGUGAAUAAUUGUGUUCCACUGUGAACCAGAAGAGAUGGUACUACACCUUUAAAAUCACCACUAAGAAGACACCAGCCCCAUUUCUAACUUGAACUGUGCCAUUCAAAUCAAUUGCUUCCAAGUUCAGAGUAUAUUACCAAAAAAAAAAAAAAAGAUUCUUAAGUGUCACACACAUAUGCAAUGACCUCAUUGUAUGAAGUGCAGUGUAUUGAAGUGAAGUGUUUUUGUUUUUGUUUCUGUUUUUCCUGGGAUAAGGUACUCUGGCCCUGGUAGUAGAGUUCGGCCUGACUUAGACACAAGGCUGGAUUCUCAGAAAGCAGGAUCUCACUAAGAAAACCUGCCCUCCAUCCCUGACUCCAGACAUAGAAAGCUGUUUGGAGCAUGUCCUGUUGGAGGGGUGCUCAAAGCAGGAGGGCAGUGCUUUUCAAAUACUUUUAUCUGUUCUAAAUGUCACCCAUUAAAAAUUCACCGCCCCCCCCAAAAAUGAUAUUCUGCCAAAUGUAACUUAUAAUCCAAACUCUUUAACAAUUCUACUAUGUUUAUAUUUUUCUAGGUAUUUAUGAUUGUAAAUGUAUCCCUCUUUCCCCACACCCUGGUUUCCUUUGUAGAAAUGUGACCUAUUUGUUGUAUGGAACUUUAGUGAACUAACCAUUCAUCAUGAUUGGGGAUGGGUGAAUCAUCUACAAAAGUUGCCCCUUCUGCUAUCCUCUUUCACCUCCAAGCCAGAGCUGAACCUGGCAAGCUACUGCUUUUGAUCGUCUUGGUCAGGAAGUAGAAACAUGGAGUGAAAAAUGGCAGUGUACUGAGCCCUUCCUAAAUUCGCACAUUCUGCCACUGGCUUGAGGAAGAUCUUUCAAGAUCCUCAGGUCAGCCAUUUUUCUAGACCAAAGAUUUCUAGACAAAACUCUCAGCCGGCAACAGGAAAGUUGGCUCCUUCAGCUGAUAAUAUUUUCAGAAACAUUGGUGUUUCACCCAUCAUCAAACAUGACCUCUCUUAUGACUAUUCUGUCUGUAUAGAAUAUGACUCCAUGGGUAGUAUGUGUAAUAAUGGUCAACUUUUAUAUAUUCAUUUAUCUAUAUAAAUCAAACUUUUAAUUAGCAUUUUGAUGAGUCUAGUCCUACUCUGUCUAAGUACAUGAGAUGUAGGCCCUCUGGAUAGCAAGGGGCCCAGAUGCAGUUGAAACACCAUUUUUUCAUGGAACAUAAGCCAAAGGAAUGCACUGCCUUCACCAUUUUUCCUCCCUAGGGAGAUGCCCCAGGUUAUGAGAUCUCGAACGGUAGGAAGAAAAUAAUUGGCGGGGAGAAAAAAGAAAAGAAACCUUUGGAAUCAAAAGACAGAGCCUGGGAUAAAUCUUAGGUGGAAUGAACUUACUCAAAUCAAAUGAGUAGCUUUUUCUUCAGAGAGGGUCCACAGAUUCAUAGAAUGACAGAGCUAGAAGGGACGUUGAUCUGGUCCAAGCCCUCAUUCUACAGAUGAGGAACUGAGGUUCCGAGAUGGGGAGUGACUUGCCUGACACCCUACAUUAUGUUAGUGCUAGACCCAGGCCUAGAACUUAGGCCUCCGAUCCCAUAUUUACUAGUCCAGGGCUUUUUUCCCCCCCACCACUCUACCUCUGUCCCCAUGGUAAUGAUGCUAGGUCCUUAUCUGAAAUCAAAACUUGCAUGGAACAGUACAACUCGCCUAUCUCAUUAGUUUUGCAAAUACCUUCUUGUCUGCUAUCACCAAAUGCUAUUCAAAAUUGGAUUGAGACAACUUGAAUUAGUUGAAAAGUUGUAGAUAAGUAUCUUUUAUAAUCUUUGGAAGGACCCUUAAGAACACAGAAUGUUAGAGCUGAAAGGGACCUGAGAACAAAAAAUGUUAGUUCUAGAAGGGAGCAUUAGAGAUCAAAGGAACCUUAGAACAAAGAAUCUUUAUAUAGAGAAGGUUAGAACUGAAAGAAACCUUUAGAUCUUAGAACGCCAGAGCUGUGUGGGACCUCAGAGAGCAUCUUUAUAGAGGAGAUUUAUAAAGGAUGAAGACAGGCAAAGCUCCUGACUCCAUUUAUAAUACUUCAAUAAUUACUAGUACUCCUAUUAGAAAAAUCAGAAGUUAUGCCCUUCUUCCUCACAUUGCCUUUGUUUGACAUUUAUGGUGAAGCAAAGAUGGUGAAGUCCCAUCCAACUCAGAAUAGACUUCUCAUCUACCAAGUCUGUCAAGAUGGGAGUUGAAUUAAGUGGGCUAUUUCUCACUUUAUGGAAAGGAGGGUGCCAAGCAGCAAGCAGAGGGGGAAGAAGUUUGCUUCUGAUUGAUUAAGAAGCCUGGCAAACCCAGAGAAGGCAAUGUAGCGUACCUGUUAGGACAGAUAAGCCUUCAAGAGCUGCUGGCAGGUUCUGAUCUACUGUUGGGGGUCUACUGACCCCUUAGGUCCUCUACUGUUGGGGAUCUACUGACCCCUUAGGUUCCCUCCAGCUUGGCAAGUGUUAUGAUUCUGUGAUUGGCUGGGCUGGCUUCUCCUUGAAGCUGAAAUUUCUUAUUCCAUUUUUUCGCCUCCGGAUGCUCAUUCACUUCCACAAUCCUGCCAGUCAUUGUAACCAAAGUGCCCAUGUAGUUAAUUAUCUUUUAAAGAAAUUGGAAUAUACGCAAGUAAGAUCCAAAUAACAUCCCCAGUGACAAGAGGAAAACGUGAGUGGUUAAAAUAAAAAUUAAAAAAAAGCCUGACAAACAUUUGAAGAACAGGUUGGCAUUUGAGGGUGGUGACUGAAAAGUUGAGAGGUUAACUCCCCUUCAGCCUUUCCCCUUUAUCUGUUUUGAUAUGAGGUGCUGAUUAUAAUCUAUACAGCUCUAUAUGUGUGGACCUGUCCAUAGUUCAAGUUCAUUGCCCACUAGAAAAAGCUGUUCAACUGCCAGAUUUCUCUACCAACUCCAGUACCUCUUCUCUGAUGUUCUAUAUGACUUUGUUUGAUGGCCCCCUUCCCAUGCUUUCUUUGCCCCUUCUUGAGCUCUGCUCCCAUUGGAUUCCGGCCCCAGGCUCCCUAUCUUGCCUCAUAGCCUCUCCACCCCUAGUGAUUCAUCACCCUCAGUUUUUCCAUAUCCCUUCACCUUUUUAAGGCAACAAAUCUGAACUGGCAAGUUGUAUUGCUCUAAGCAUUCUCUUCAGUGCUAGUGGGCCUCUGCCCACCUACCUUUGCCCUCAGGGCUCCCCUUUUUGUCUCUGUGUUUUUAAGAUGUCACCAACCUGUUAAGGGUCGUGGAAGACAGAAUGGGAAUACAGAGGCAGAGUUUUUGAAACAACCCCCAACCAGCAUCUCCAGGUGUACUUUCAAUUGUGAGUGAGGGAAGGCCCACCUAGUAAGGCCUAAAAUACUUUCCCCACUGGACAUUCACCAUUCAACAAGGAUCAGACUCAGGACAGAGAAGGCCCCCCCAGAGUGGGGACCCCAGGCACAAAGCAAGCAUGAAACUGAACUGACAUAGAUCUCUUUUAGCAUGUGACCAGCUUUUAGGAAAUCUCAACUUUGGAAUUGGAUUCUGUGUGGGUGUUGUAAAUAAUUUUGUGUCUGACAAAAAGAGAAAAAAAAACAGAAGGAAAAAAUGGAUUAAAAAAACUUCAAAUCUUGGAGGAUUUGGGAG